AUUGAUGAUUUGGGUUUGACAUUAGUAAAUUUUAAUUACUUGCAACAUACAGGAAAUGAAAUAUGUGAUGACCCGUUUAUUUUUGCUUCUCAAGCCAAGAAAGUAUUCUAUGUGGAGAAUAAAAGACUAAAUGACUGGUUUGUCGUUGUGCAUGCUAAAGUUAGAGAUGUAUAUGAUAUGGGUGAUGCUCAAUCCAAUGACAUAGAUAAAAGUAAUGAACAAGUAUUGGAAGAGAUAAAUGAUGAUGAUUUGAUUAGACCAGAAACUGAUGAUAGUGAUGAUAUCAUUGAAGUUAUAAUUAAUAUAGAGGACAUUCCCCAAAAUGAUGAUGAGAAUGAAGAUACAGAGGAUGAGAGUGAAGAAGACCUCUCAUAUUAAUUUGUAAAUUAAAAUGGGAGAAACCAUCUUUGAUAUUGGGAGGAAAGGAACUCCGAUAAAGGUGGCUUCUAAGACGAAACUUUUGAUUACUGGGGCUAUUGCUCUGAAGGGCCUUGGAGGGGUUCUAUUCAUCUUUGGAAGCUCUUUCGGAGCUUUGCUACUGCUUCUGCAUCAGUUGAUUGCUACUCCAAUUCGUUAUGAUUUUUACAAUUUCGAUAACGAGGACAAAGAAUUCACUCAGCUUUUCAUCAAAUUUACACAGAACCUGGCUGUUUUUGGAGCUCUGUUGUUUUUCAUUGGGAUGAAAAACUCCAUUCCUAGAAGGCAACCAAAGAAGGCUCCGAAAACAAAAACCUAUUAGAUGCAGCAUUGGAGGACGCUUCUUCAAAGAAAUUUCUUGGAUUGUUUCCUGGUUCUUCAUUGUGUAUCGGUUAUUCAGUUAGCCAGGUUUCAACUUGGUAUACUCUGAUUCAGAAUUAGUUUUUGUCUGAGUUUUGUAAUUUUGUUUUCACUCUUAAACUUCUCAGAGUCGAUUUCAUUAUAUUCUAGUAAUCAUGAUGUAAGGAUCUCAAUGUCUUUGGCAUUAAUAAAUGUAGUUGAAAUUCUUUGUUACUA